GCAGUGAGAAUGCAGGCUGGAUGCUCAGGGCUUCUGUUCCUUUGAUGUGUAUUGGAUGAGCUGGAAGCACAGGUUAAAUCGCUACAGCUGUCUAGAGUGAAAGGAUCUGUUAUCCAAGCUUUCUAAGAGCAGUGCCUUUGCAUUCUUUUGUUCAGGCUUUCUGUAAUGUCUAGCAUCUUUGCUUCAUGCUAGGAGACUUGUGCUUUUCUCUUUCAUUGUCUAUAUUAGAGUAAACUGCUUGUGACGCCAGACACGACAGCAGUACAGCAAUUUUGAAGGCAGGAAGCGGCUGCAACCCUUCUGGCGUUGCUGUAUUUGAAGCACUGCCACGAUGCGGUUCCCUUAAGAGGGUACUUGGUAGUGCAUUCACUUUUUUUAAUCACUGUCUGCAGUGACUUCUUUACCAGGGCUCUAGUUGAAGGAUAAGUGAUGCUGCAGUCCCUCUGGCAGGUUUUUUCUUGCCUUUUUUCGAGGGCUGCAUGUCAAGGCCCUGCUGAAGGAAAGGAGAAUGAGGCAAAGGAAUCUCCAACUCCCCGCCCUGGGGACCAGGGACCAAAGAUGCUGGGGAAACCGCUCAACAAAGAGACCAAUCCCACUGAAAGGAGACCAACUAUUCUAUUGGUAGUUGGACCCGCAGAGCAUUUCACACAGAAAAUCGUUAAAGCUGGAGAUAAGGACCUAGACGGGCAGCUGGACUUUGAGGAGUUCGUUCACUAUCUCCAAGACCAUGAAAAGAAACUGAGACUGGUUUUCAAGAGCUUAGACAAAAAGAAUGAUGGCUGCAUUGACGCCCAGGAGAUCGUGCAGUCCCUUCGGGAUCUGGGAGUCAAGAUCUCUGAACAGCAGGCUGAGAGAAUUCUCAAGAGAAUAAGAACGGGACACUUCUGGGGUCCUGUCACCUACAUGGAUAAAAAUGGAACAAUGACAAUAGAUUGGAAUGAAUGGCGUGACUAUCACCUGUUGCACCCUGUGGAGAACAUUCCUGAGAUUAUCCUAUACUGGAAGCACUCAACGAUUUUCGAUGUAGGAGAGAACCUGACAGUACCAGAUGAGUUCACAGUGGAAGAGAGGCAGACUGGAAUGUGGUGGCGACACCUAGUUGCAGGUGGAGGGGCAGGGGCAGUGUCAAGAACAUGCACUGCUCCCUUGGACCGCUUGAAAGUUCUCAUGCAGGUCCAUGCUUCUCGCAGUAACAACAUGUGCAUCGUUGGAGGCUUUACUCAGAUGAUCAGAGAGGGUGGCACAAGGUCACUUUGGCGAGGGAAUGGCAUCAAUGUUUUGAAAAUUGCUCCAGAGUCUGCCAUCAAGUUCAUGGCCUAUGAACAGAUCAAGCGAUUCAUUGGCACUGACCAGGAGGUGCUGAGGAUUCAUGAGAGGCUGGUAGCAGGUUCAUUGGCAGGAGCCAUUGCACAGAGCAGCAUCUACCCAAUGGAGGUUCUGAAGACACGGAUGGCCCUGCGCAAAACAGGGCAGUACUCAGGGAUGCUGCACUGUGCCAAGAACAUCCUCACCAAAGAAGGAAUGGGUGCUUUCUACAAAGGCUACAUCCCCAAUAUGCUGGGGAUCAUUCCCUAUGCAGGAAUUGACCUGGCUGUAUAUGAGACAUUGAAAAACAGCUGGCUGCAACAUUAUGCUGUGAACAGUGCCGAUCCCGGGGUGUUUGUUCUGUUGGCCUGUGGUACCAUCUCUAGCACCUGUGGACAACUGGCCAGUUAUCCUCUUGCCCUAGUACGCACACGAAUGCAAGCUCAGGCUUCAGUCGAAGGAGCGCCACAGGUAACAAUGAGGAGUCUCUUCAAGCAUAUCCUGAAGACAGAGGGAGCCUUUGGCCUCUACAGGGGCUUGGCUCCCAACUUCAUGAAGGUGAUCCCAGCAGUGAGCAUUAGCUACGUGGUCUAUGAGAACCUGAAGAUGACUCUGGGCGUGCAGUCGCGGUGACCAGGUGGUGCCUGGACCCUUGAACUUUUUCAACAAAAUCUUGGGGCUCUGACCCCCAGGGUGUGCCACCAUUUCAUUCUGUGAAUGUGUUGACUGACACUAAGCUGAUCAAACUAAGCUGUGAAAAUCCCAGAUGGUGUGUGUUGGGGAAUGAUGAGGUAUUGGGCCUUUCUACUGUGUUGCUAUCAAAAGCUCUAUAUGUGUUUUAAACAAUCGUUUGGCAGUUCUUCCCAUGUUCAAGGGACCAACUGGGAAUUGAAGGAAAGUUUCUUGAGCUGUCAGUGGUGGCCUGGCUUUUAGCCCUCUUUAGAGUCUUUUGCGCAAGCUCACAGCUGGAGAAUGUAUCAUCUUCCAACUUGCUUGAAAGAGCUUUUUUCUGUUGAGUUGUAAACUCUUCUUAGCCAUGGUUUUGAUUCUGCAAACGACCUGCCUUGGGUAGGAAUGGCUGCUGGGCCAAAAUACUUCGCUGUUUACAUGUUUUCUUUUGGAUAGAAGCAAUUCAUUUUUCUACUUCAAAAUUCUGACGCUGCAGUGUAAAUUAAAACCAAGGCUUCAGGGUGCAAAGCCAGUCCCUGCUGAGUCUGAGUGUUACUUUCAGGUUAGUCAGACAGAGUUUAAAAUAUUUUAUUUUUAUUAUAGUUUCUGUGUUCCUGUAAAACUGCUGGCAAAAUGCACUUUAUAACAAAAGCAGCAGCUGCAGUCUAGAGUCUGCAUGUCUGUGUUUGCAUGCUGGAGUAGCUGAGAGGACCUGGCACGUGCAGUUCUGCACAUUUUGAAUGGCCUGACCAAGUAACUGGGGAGCUGCGUUGCCACUGGUCCAGUCUCUGCAUCUGAGCUCACUGCAGCAUGGCAGGGGCUGUGGAGAGGCCACUUCCCAGUUAGCGUUUUGCAUGGUGCUUCAAAUACAGUUCUGCCAAGUGCUGUAGGUAGCAAAUUAUCCUUGAAACUUCAAGCCUUGGAUUGCUUCAUUCAUCCAUAGAACUUUAUAGGUUGAUGCUAGAGUUUGAAUUAGGUUAGGGUGGGCUGGUGGACUUGAACUCUGGACAAGAAAGAAAUUUUGCUAUGGGGAACACACCAGGUUAACUGACAAAGGUGGAAAUGGUAGCCUUCAUUGUGUUAUUAGAAGGGAGUGGGGAGCUGCUUGCUUCCGCCCACCCACCUCCACCAGGUGCUUAUCAUAGGUAGAAGGGAAGGUGGUGGCUGCCAUAUCUCUGAUUUCACUGUUUCAAGCGUUCAUUGAGUUUGUCCACUAAGACUUAUUGGAGCCCAGGGGAUCCUUGACUUGGGGACCAGCAUCACAUUCCAUUUCUGUUGUUGUUUUGCUGCUUUCAAAGCAUAUUUAUUUUGUAUUUAUUUAAAGACAAAAGACGAAACUGUCACACUAUUUUUGUAGACAUGUUUAAAUAUAGUUACUUUGUCCUUGGUAUUCUGUAUUUUUGUACAGGUCUCAUAUUUAUGUUCUUAAAAACGUUUUGCACAUUUUCAGUAUCGUCUAAUAAAAGAAUCAUUGCAAACUGGACCCCCUCAGAGGUCCUUAGUGCUCCAUUUCCUUUUCGUGUUGCCUGCCCUGCAUCUGGGUUGACUGAGAGCCUCAGUCGAGAAAAAAUCCUUUUGUGGGGAAAAGCCUUAGGAGAGUGGUGGGUGGUGGGGAAUGAAAGGCCCUUGUUUGGGGGUCUGCCUUACUGUGGUAUCGCCUCAUCAUUAGUGACUUUAUUUUUAUGGGUGUUGGACGAACCACAAACUAGAUGGGUUUUUUUAUUUAAAUGGUUAAUAAUGAAAAGGGCUGAUUGGACUUGGGAGAGAGAAAAAUAAAUCUCAGGGAGAGAAAAAUCCCAAAUACCCAUUUUUCUGAUGUGUGGAAGGAAGUUGGAGCUGAGCUGUUGCUGUUUUCUGUGCUGGCAGAUCUGCCUGCCUGCUGUUCCUCCUCCGGGGGCAGGAAAGUGCACUGUGAAGAAGCAGUUAUCCCUGAAGGCUGCAGCGGUUCAGAGGGCCCUGUUGCUGCUGCUGCUGCUCUGUACACAGAAAGCCUUGUGCAGCAGAGAGCAGCUUCCUCUCCCCCAGUUCUCUUUGGGCCUUAAGUUGGGUCUGUCCACUGCUGCUUUGGGGGAAACUGCCUGUCUGCCUUGAGUUCAUAUCUCAGUCGUGUGUUUUCCCCACCCCUUUUGUGAGUCACUCCACCCUUGGGAGACCUCUCCCUUACCUUUGGUGGCCUGAGGAGAUUUCAGCACAUACAAAUCAAUGCAAUAUGAACUGUCUUUGUAGCUGUAACCUUAAUAUAUGAAGGGCAAAACUAACAAAACAAGAAGCCUGUGAUGGUAGGGGACAGGCAAGGACCACCUCUCGCCAUAUGAACCAACCCGUACGCUGCAAUCAUUAUCUGAGGCCCUACUUUGUGUGCCUCUUCCAUGAAAGGUCCAGAGGGUGGCAACAUAAGAAUGGGCCUUUUCUGUGUUGGCUCCCCACUUGUGGAAUGCUCUCCCCAGGGAGCCUCGUCUGGCGCCUUCAUUAUAUAUCUUUAGAAACCAGGCAAAAACGUUCCUGAAUAACCAGGCCUUUGGCUGAUGAACAUUUUAUGGCCUUUUAAAUGUGUUUGUGGGAGGGGGGGGUAUUUGUUUUUGUUUUAUUAAGUCUUUUGUGUUUUCUUUUUAUGUUGUGAACCGCUCUGUGAUCUUUGGAUGAAGGGCGGUAUACAAAUUUAAUAAUUAUUAAUAACAAUAACAAUAAUAAAGGUUUAUCAAAGAUG